AUGAGUUCUUUCUUAGUUUGGAGAGAAGAAGGUCAUAAAUAUAAUUGCAGUACUUCUGAGGCCUUUAUGAUGGUUCUAAUUACUGCUAUUACAAACUUUGCCUGCAUGCCAGCUCUUUGCCUUCUUUAUAAAAAAAAUUUAGUAUUUGAAACAUACGUAGGUGUUUUCACAUUCGUAACUUCGUUUAUGUACCAUUUUGUAGAAAGCAUAGGAGCAGAAAAGCUUUUCAUGAAAGAAUUAGAAUGGCAUUAGUUAGAUAAUAUUGGUGCUAUAAUGUGCUUCAUUACUGUUUUCAUUCAUAUGGCUAAUUUCUAGAAUUACAAUUUAUAAAUGCAAUUAAAUUACUCAGCUAUGUUCAUUGUAAUUAUUCUUUAAGUCGCUGAUCCUUGGAAUUUGACAUUCACAGUUGCUCCAAUUGUUAUUUAUGCUUUAAUAAUAAUAGCUUUGGCAAUUUAUUUGAAAACUUAGCCUUUUACUAAUAGAUAAAUGACAAUUAAAGGUUUUUCACUCAUCUUUUUAGGUGCUAUAUUCUUUUCUCUUUCCUAAGAUGAGCACACAGAUUAUUUAAGAAUAUACCAUGGACUUUGGCACUCUGUUAUUGGUUUAUCUGCUAUUUAUACAUGGUAGUCUCAUGAAAAGGAGGGUGAAGAAGUUUAUAUCACAACAGUAUUUACUACAAAAAUAAAGUAUCAAAGUAUUUAAUAUGAAUCAAAUAAGCAUAUUUGA